AUGGGUGAUUUGAUUGGAUGUUGUUGUGAACUUUUCUGUGAUAUUUGUUUAGUGCCUCUAUGUAAAGAGCUCGGUUGCUUUGACUGGUGUUGUGAUUGUUGCUGUGAUUGUUGUGACUGUGGUGAUUGUUGUAGUGAUAAAAAAAGCGAUAAGAAGAGUUCUCAGUCUGAUGAUGAUGAAGAAAAUGAAAAGAAAAACAAACACACAGAUAAUCAGAACAAUCAAAGUAACCAACAAGAAUUACAGCAAACACCUACUAACCAACCAAAUUAUGGCUAUGAAAAUUCCCAACAAAAUUAUUGUUAUCCACAACAGCCGUACCAAGGAUACAUUGGUCAAAGUCAAUACAUCCAACCACCUCCUGAACAAUAUAUUCAGCCACCUCCUGACCAAUGCGUACCACUACCUCAACAGCCUUAUUAUAUACAAACAACACCACCACAAGGAGUAGUACCACCACAAGGAGUAGUACCACCACAAGGAGUAGUACCACCACAAGGAGUAGUACCACCACAAGGAGUAGUACCACCACAAGGAGUAGUACCACCACAAGGAGUAGUACCACCACAAGGAGUAGUACCACCACAAGGAGUAGUACCACCACAAGGAGUAGUACCAUCACAAGGAGUAGUACCACCACAAGGAGUAGUACCACCACAAGGAGUAGUACCACCACAACAAGAACCUUACUAUGCACAACCACAACAGCCUUACAAUGCACCACCACAACAGCCUUACAAUGCACCACCACAACAGCCUUACAACCCACCACCACAACAAUAA